AUGAUCGUUUCACUGGUGGUGAUAGGAAUCGCCCUGACCAACACUUUUAUGGGUGUGCUCUUACGAUGUGGCAUGGGACAGCUCAGGCCGCUUCCUUUCACCGAGUCUCAGCGAGACUGGCAUUCUGCUCAGGAGGCGGUCAGAGUUCGUUGGCCCUUUGGAGCCCGUGGGCUUGCUUUUUGCCGCUUGUUUUCCUUUUCGUCUACGCGCUACAGUGUUGUGAUGGAUGCUGUGAAUAGGCCUCAUAAUAUUACAUAUAAAGGACUUACUGACUUGGUGACCGACACAGAUAAAAAUAGUGAGGCUGCUAUAUUAGAAGUUGUGAAAAAGAAUUUUGGAGAUCACCUCAUUCUUGGAGAAGAGGGUGGAAUCAUAGGAGAUACAGCAUCUGAUUAUCUCUGGUGUAUUGAUCCUUUAGAUGGAACAACAAAUUUUGCACAUGGUUAUCCUAGCUUUGCCGUUUCUGUUGGAGUUCUAUUUCAAGGAAAUCCUGCUGCUGCUGCUGUGGUAGAGUUUGUGGGUGGCCCCAUGUGUUGGAAUACCCGUACAUUUUCUGCAACUGCUGGUGGAGGAGCAUUCUGUAAUGGCCAAAAAAUUCAUGUGAGUCAAACUGAUCAGGUGGAGCGAUCUCUUCUAGUGACUGGCUUUGGAUAUGAGCACGACGAUGCAUGGGCAACUAACAUAGAAUUAUUCAAGGAAUUUACUGAUGUCAGCCGGGGUGUGAGAAGACUUGGUGCUGCUGCUGUGGACAUGUGCCAUGUAGCUCUAGGGAUUGUAGAAAGCUAUUGGGAAUAUCGUCUAAAGCCGUGGGAUAUGGCUGCAGGUGUUUUGAUAGUUGAAGAGGCUGGUGGGGCAGUUACUCGCAUGGAUGGUGGAAAAUUUUGUGUGUUUGACAGAUCUGUUUUGGUAUCCAAUGGUGUACUGCAUGCUAAGCUUUUGGAGAGGAUUGCACCUGCAACAGAGAAACUGAAGACUAACGGAAUUGAUUUCUCACCCUGGUAUAAGCCUGAAAAUUACCACACAGACAUUUGAAAGGCGCAAGAUUUCUUUUUUUUUUUUUUUUCUGUUCUUCCAGCUUUAUUGGAAGGCUCCUUGCAGCUAGCAGGUGGUGUCAAUUGUGCUUUAAAUUGUUUCAUCUAUUUAUUUCUUAAGAAUUUA